AAACAGCAAUGGCCAAACCAAAGGGAAAGAAAGCUGUGAAAUCUUCCAGCAGAAAGGAAAGUCGUCAGAAACAACAACAGGAGUUGGAUAAACUACAAGAAAGAAUAAACAACUAUGAUCCAAAGGUAGACGAAAGUUCAAUAUCACAAUUUAGUGAUUUGCCAAUCACGCAAAAUACCCUUCAAGGCUUAAAAGAAGCCAACUUCGUGUCAUUAACUGAUAUCCAACGUAAAACUAUUCCCAUUGCAUUGAAAGGAGAAGAUGUUAUGGGUACUGCCAGAACCGGGUCUGGUAAAACUUUAGCAUUCUUAGUUCCUACUAUCGAAUCAUUAAUUAGAAACAAGAUUACUGAAUUUGAUGGAUUAGCAGCAUUGAUUGUAUCGCCAACUAGAGAGUUAGCGGUGCAAAUCUUCGAAGUAUUAACCAAGAUUGGAAAAUACAACCAAUUUUCUGCCGGUCUUGUUACUGGUGGUAAAGAUGUCAAGUAUGAAAAGGAAAGAGUAUCAAGAAUGAACAUAUUGGUGGGUACACCAGGAAGAAUUUCUCAACAUUUGAAUGAAGCCGUCGGUAUGGAAACUUCUAAUUUACAAGUAUUGGUCUUGGAUGAAGCCGAUAGAUGUUUGGAUAUGGGGUUCAAGAAACAGAUAGACAAUAUCUUGGGACACUUGCCUCCAACUAGACAAACCUUGUUAUUUUCAGCUACUCAAUCAGACAAUGUCAAGGAUUUAGCCAGAUUAUCUUUGACUAACCCACAAAGAAUUGGUGUUUCUUCAGAUCAAGAAAUUUCAGCUACCCCAGAGUCAUUAGAACAAUAUUAUGUUAAGGUACCAUUGGAUGAGAAAUUAGAUGUUUUGUGGUCCUUCAUCAAAUCACAUUUGAAAAGUAAGAUUUUGGUGUUCUUUUCUUCUUCAAAGCAAGUACAGUAUACCUAUGAGACUUUUAGAACAUUACAACCAGGUAUUUCCUUGUUGAAAUUGUACGGGCGUCAUAAACAAACAUCUCGUUUGGAAACAACCAUGAAGUUCAGUCAAGCACAAUAUGCAUGUCUUUUUGCUACUGAUAUUGUGGCGAGAGGAUUAGAUUUCCCCGCUAUUGACUGGGUAGUUCAGGUGGAUUGUCCGGAAGAUGCAGCCACUUAUGUCCACAGAGUUGGUCGUUCCGCUAGAUUUGGAAGGCAAGGGAAAUCAUUAAUGAUGUUAUUACCUUCUGAAGAAGAAGGAAUGUUGAAGAGAUUGAAAAUCCACAAGAUUGACCCUAAGUUUAUGAAUAUUAAACAGAAAAGUAAGAAAUCAAUCAGACCACAAUUACAGUCAUUGUGUUUCAAAGACCCAACCAUCAAGAACUUGGGCCAACGUGCAUUCAUUUCAUAUUUCAGAUCAGUACAUAUUCAAAAGGAUAAAGAUAUUUUCAAGAUUGAUGAACUUCCAGCUGAAAAAUUCGCAGCAUCAUUGGGAUUACCUGGUGCACCAAAGAUUAAAAUCAAGGGCGGUGCUGAUAAUAAGGAAAAGAAGAAUGCUUCAAGAAAAUUAUUGGCAUUGGCUAAGGCAGAUGAUGAUGGUGAAACAAAGGAUGAGUCCUCUAAGGUAAGAACCAAGUACGAUCGUAUGUUUGAAAGAAAGAAUCAAACAAUAUUAUCUGAUCACUACUUGAAAAUGACAGAUGCCAAAGGUGAUGAUGAUAGCGAUGACGAUUUCAUGAAAGUGACUAGAAAGGAUCAUGAAUUAAAUGAAGAUGAAUUACCUGAUUUAACCCUUCCUAAUUCUAAGAGACAAGCCAAGAAGGCACUUUCAAAGAAAGCUUCAAUUGCUUCCAAGGGUAAUCCUAGCAAAUUAGUAUUUGACGAUGAAGGUGUACCACAUGCAAUUUAUGAAUUAGAAGAAGAAGAAGAUUUUAUAAAGGCUGGUGAUGCCAAGACUCAGAAGGAAGAUUUCGUAGCUAGGGAACGAGAAGUAAUGAAGGAAACUGAUGAAGUUGAUAAAGAAGUUGCUAGACAAAAGAGACAAGAAAAGAAGAGAAAGAGAAAAGAAAUUGAAAGAAGAGCAAGAGAAGAAGAAUUAGGUAGUGGAGACGAAGAACCCGUUGUUGCAACCUUAGGUGGCAUUGAUUUAGAACGUGAUAUGGAACAACCUUCUUCUGAUGAAGAGCCAGUUUCUAAGAAACCUAAGUGGUUCGAAGAAGAAAACAAGAAGACAAAGAAGGAUGAAUUUGUUGAAUAUGAACAACCUGAAACCUUGGAAGAUUUAGAAUCUUUGACUGCAAAAUUAUUGGGAAAUUAAAUAGAAAUAGGUUUUAUAGAAUUAACUUGUAAAUGAUUGC